AAAAAAAAAAAAAAAGAAAAAACGACUUGACUCGCAUUCAACCUGCAUCGUGCGUUUCGUGUGUGAUUGAUUGAUUGCCUGGCUCCGUCCGUUCCGUCCCUCUUCGUCCCGUCUUUCCGACGACUAUUACGACUAUUACUUUUCAUUUCCUAUAAAGCCGGUCUCGCGCGCAUCGUCCUCCCCCAAUGUCUAGCAACCCCCACGAUUACGUCGACCCUCAUCGUCAGGGCCAAUAUCCUCCACCGCAGUGGUCUCAACCAGAAGACCAUCCCGCUGCUGCUGCUGCUGCCGCUGCCGCUGCUCACCACUACCCCCCGGUUUCGCAGUAUUCUUACCCCCCGGCUUCAUAUCAUCCUACCGCAGACCACCAAUAUCCUCCACCUCCGCCUGGCCAGUACCCUCCACCGACCAGUAUGGCUGCCACUUAUCCCCAUAUCCAAGGUCCUCAGGACCCAUAUCAUUUGCCUCCUCCGGGUGCCUACCGUCCCGAUGUCUACGCUCAGCAAGCCCCUCCGCCUCCGCCUCAAGUCGUCUACCAAGCUGCUGCCCCCCGCCAGCGUACAGCUAUCGCCUGUCGCUACUGUCGGAGACGGAAGAUUCGUUGCUCUGGAUUUGAGAGCUCGCAAGAUGGCCGCUGCAGCAACUGUAUCCGCUUCAACCAGGAGUGCAUGUUCACACCCGUCUCUUCUCAAGCGCAAGCCUUCGUCCCGGCCCAUGCCGCCUACCCUCACCUGCGAAAUACGCAGAGCCAGGGGCGUCCUGGUGGUGUGAUGCUCUACGGUGCUCAUGGUCAACCCCUACCACCACAGCAACAGCCGGGCACUGAUCUCCCACCGCCACAGGGAAUGUAUCAUCAACCUUAUGCUGCAGCUCCGGCGCCCCUUGCGUCGUCCAUGCCUCCAGACCAGCGACCGGGUCGACGUGGCUCUGCAUCGGGCUUUGAAUAUCCGGAUCCUACCAACCUGGCCCCUGUCACUCCGGCGACCUCCACCCCUGGAUAUCAGACGCACACGGCCCCGAGUCCCUACUAUCCGCCACCACCACCACCACCACCGCAUGACCGACGCCCCUCACCGCAGUCCGCAUAUCCCUACGAUAGCCGCCACUCCUCCUCGCCGCACACCUCUCCUUACCCGCCAAUGCAUCCCCCUCAGGGCGCUAUGACGCCUCCACCUACUUCCACGCCGACCUCGUCGCGGGGUGGUGGCCUGAACGUUCGUGAUAUGCUUAAUCCCAAUGACAACCCCGGCCGAUCCAGCACGGACAGCGACAUGCUCAAUGCUCUCAACCGCCGUGGCUUAAGCCAAUAGGUCGUUAUACUUUUGCGAUGCGGAGGAUGACCGAGUGUGGGAAUAGGGGUUGUCGAAUCGUCCAUGUGGGAGGAUUGUGUGCUGGUCGCACAGCCUUUCUGUCUCGCCAGAAUAUGCGGGUCCGAUUACUUUUACAGACAUUGCUUCCUCGUGGUAAAUUCGUGCGACUUAAAUUGGAUUUUCCAAUUUUUAGUCUGCCAGCCCCGGCCUGGGACAAUCUUAAUGCGACAGAAUGUGACCCACGACACGAAUCGGGA